UCUACGUUGCUGGUUCAAUAACUGCCUUACUUCAAGUUGGCGACACUGAUGUCGCUCACCAAAUCUAUGACCUUGUCCAGGACAAUAACAUAACCUGGUUAUCAUAAACAAAAAUGUCACAAUCAAGUUCAUCCUCAAAUUCUAAAGAAGUUGCUCAGAAGUUAUGGGAAAUAAGCAAUAAAGUAGAAAAUGUGAGUUCAGUUGAUGAAAUAUACCGGUAUGACAAAAAACAACAACAGGACAUCCUUGCUGCUAAACCAUGGGAAAAAGAUCCAUAUUUUUUUAAAGAUAUUAAAAUAUCAGCUUUGGCACUACUCAAAAUGGUAAUGCAUGCUAGGUCUGGGGGCACAUUGGAAGUAAUGGGGCUUCUUCUAGGAAAAGUUGAUGGAAAUACUAUGUUUGUUAUGGAUUCUUUUGCUUUGCCUGUAGAAGGGACAGAAACGAGAGUAAAUGCCCAAGCUCAGGCAUAUGAAUAUAUGAGUUCAUACAUUGAAGCUGCAAAAUUGGUUGGUAGACAAGAAAAUGCAAUUGGAUGGUAUCAUAGUCACCCAGGCUAUGGAUGCUGGCUCUCAGGAAUUGAUGUAAGCACCCAAAUGUUAAACCAGAACUUUCAAGAACCCUUUGUAGCAAUUGUUAUUGAUCCCGUUCGAACCAUAUCUGCUGGAAAAGUAUGUCUGGGAGCUUUUAGAACUUAUCCAAAGGGAUACAAACCAGCAAAUGAGGAACCAUCUGAAUAUCAAACUAUUCCAUUAAAUAAAAUUGAAGAUUUUGGAGUACAUUGCAAACAGUAUUAUUCUCUAGAUGUUUCUUAUUUUAAAUCAGCAUUAGAUAGAAGAUUAUUAGAUUCUCUUUGGAAUAAAUAUUGGGUGAAUACCUUAAGUUCUUCAAGCUUGCUGACUAAUGCAGAUUACACCACUGGUCAGAUAUUUGAUUUAUCAGAAAAGUUGGAGCAGUCUGAAGUUGCUUUUGGUCGUAGUUUCAUGGUUGGUGGAACUGAUCCAUAUGAAAAGCGCACUGAAGAUAAAUUAUCAAAGGCAACAAAGGACAGUUGUAAAACAACGAUAGAAAUUAUUCAUGGCCUUAUGGCCCAAAUGAUUAAAGAUAGGCUUUUCAAUAGUGUAUCUCCAAAACCAUAGACUUAUGCACUAUUUUUUUUGUACAACAUUUGGAAAUGUUUGUUUAUUGCUUUUCCUCUCUAAUUUCAUUUCUUGAGAAAAAAAAGAUUAAUUUAAUCCCGAGUUGUGUAAUGAAUGAAAUAAAAUU